CCGGUUUCUAACGCACUUGCAAUAUUUAUUUUGUAACACUCCUAAACUUUUAAUUUGCAGUCGAACGUCACUUCCCAACCAGGAAGCGACGGCUGCAAGUAAACAGGACACGUACUCCGGUGGAGAUCACAUCAGAGAGUAUGAAACCUGACUGACACCGAUGCACCAUGGAGAAGUUUGGUAUGAGCUUUGGUGGAGGCCCGGGCAAGAAAGAGCUGCUGGAAACGAUCGAGGUGCAAAAGAAGCAGCUUGUGAAGUAUCAGACGCGCUUUAAAGAUGUUGUCAGAGCGUAUCAAAGCCUGCUCAAGGAAAAAGAGGCCUUGGAAGCCAGCCUGAAGGUGCUGACUAUUUCGCAGGAGGUCGAUUUAAGCCAGCGUAGUGACAGCCUGUCGUUCGGAGGAGGUUCAGAAAACGCCGAACGACCUUUGUCCUCUGACCUUGGGGACGACCGAUCGUCACUUCACAGCGAAGACAGCCUGGAUACAGCGGCCUCUGCUGAAACGGCCACUAGCGUGACCAGCAACAGCACUAAAGGAGACCAAACAGAGGAGGACCAAAGCUGCGCGGUAGAUGGAGCCGCUGCCGGGACCGUCCCAAACGCAUCGCCUCAGCAAACCGAGGAGGCGAGUGGCUCCGAAAGUGGCAUCAGCAGCAGCAGCAGCGGGUGUGCGGAGCCGCCGCCGCCGCCUUCAGCGGACGCGGAUCGCCGCGUCAUCCAGCUGAAAACGCAGCUGUCCACUCUGACCAGUUCCUUAGCCACCGUCACGCAAGAGAAGUCCAGAAUGGAAGCUUCGUUCCAGGCAGACAAGCGCAAGAUGAAGCAGGAGCUGGAGGAGCUUCAAGCCAGGAUGGAGGAAGAGCAGAAGCAGCACCAGGUGGAGCUUCAGAGCCUUCAGGAGCAGCUGGCGGAGAGCAAAGCCCGGGUCAUAACCCAGCAACACGAACGGGAGCAGGAGCAGGGCGAUCACGCUCUCAUGCUCCGAGAGCUCCAGAAGCUCCUGCAGGAGGAGAGGGGACUGAGACAGGAUGCCGAGCUCAAACUGGAGGAUUCGCGAGAGGCGCUGGCUGAAGCCAUGCAGGCGGCUGACCGAGGGAUGGAUUGUGAAACGCAGCUGAAAGAGAUCACUCAGGAACGGGAGGAGCUGAGGAGGAGCCUGAAGGCCGCGGUGGUCGAGAAGAGCAAACCCGAUCCACGGGUCGAGGAGCUCCAGCAAGAGAUCGCAGAGCUCAAAGCUCACUUCAACCAGCAGCUUCAGCAGGAAAUCAGAAAGGUGGCACAAGCAGAUGAGCGUCUUCGAGAGCAGGCACAGAUGGAGGAAGCACGAGUUGCCAGCCUUGAGGAGCGAGUGUCUGAGCUCUCCGAACUACUGGGCGCCUGCGAGAAGGCCAGGCAGAAGGACCAACAAAACGCUCAGAGGCUGCGAGAACGCAUCCUUCAGCUUGACACAGAGAACAAAACCCUCGCCAUCGCAGCAGUCAACAGGUCAACGACCACCGAUCUAAACCUCGACGACACCAACUUGAACGUGGACGUGUUAAAGGACAAACUAGAGAAGGUAAAGAAGUUGCUCCUCCUGGCAGCGCAAAGAUCUCAAGACCAGAGUCUGGACAUCGAAAAGCUAUUGGAAGAAGAAAAGAACCAAGAAGUCUCAGAGAGCGAGAAGGCUUCAGCGCUUCACUACCAACAAGAGCUUCGGCAGCUUAAGGAGGAGUUUGAGCGCUACAAAAUGAGGGCGCAGGGUGUUCUUAAAAACAAGAAUACGAAAGAUGGCAACCAGGCCAAAGAGUUAGAAGAAGCACGCGACCAGCUGGCUGAGCUGAAGGAGAAGUACAUCAACCUUCGUAUCAUUUCCGACGAAGCAGAAGUCAAGCACAAACGGGACCUGGAGGAGCGGCAACAAGCGCUUGUAGCGCUCCAGCAGACCCACAAACAGGAAGUCGAGAGGUUUGAGGCUCAACACAGGGAGAACUUCUUGCGGCUUGAAGAAGAGAUGCACAAACAGAGAGAUCGCACCAUGGCUCUUCUUGCAGAAAAAGACCUGGAGCUGGAGCGACUCCGGGCGGCAACAGCGCUCAGCUUUGGAAGCCAUCAGAAACACGCUACAAAUAACAGCCUGGCGAUGGAAGGAGGCGACCUAGAGGAAGCUGAUCCAGAACAAGAAGAAGGUGACAUUAUCGCUCAAGCUCUGAAACUAGCUGGGCCCAAUGAGCCGACUUUAUUGUUGUACGCCGAACAGCUGGCACGCAAGGAGGUGGAGGUGGCCUCCUUGCGCAAACAAAAGCAUCGUGUUGAGGAGGAUUUGCAUCAGCUGCAAGGAAAGCUGAUUGCUAAUGGAGAGAGGCACGAAGAAGAGGUCGCUGAGCUGCGGUGCCAGUUGGACAAACGCAUUCGAGACCAGGGCAGAGAUGGGGCCAACCUUGAGUAUCUCAAGAACGUCAUUUAUAGGUUUCUCACCCUCCAUGACACUAGAGGGCGCCAGCAGACACUCACGGCCAUUUUGACCAUUUUGCACUUUAGUCCUCAAGAGAAACAGGCUGUGCUAAAGCAGCAACAACACAGUUGGUGGACGACAGGGAUGAGAUGAUGAGCUGAGAAGAGAGACUUUACGGUUCUACUGUGCCGAGAUAAAUGUUUAUUUUUAUUGACCACUUUCUGAGUGCAGUGUGAGAACCAAAUUACAGGAGCAGCAAUGUAGAUAUAUUUCCGACAAAGACACAUAUGCACCAGCUAUUGCAUGACGAGAUACUAAGCAGUUUAUGAAUGGUUUGAAUUCAGUGUUGGAUCAUUUAAGAGUUGACCAAACAUCCCAAAACAUCCCUCCUGUGUGUGCAACAUAAUAUUAGAUCCUGACACUGUGUUUUCAGUCUGUAACAAGAUGUUGAUAUCGGUUUUAUAUAGUGACUGGAGAUGUGAUGUAACACUAUUUAGUUCAACUGAAAGGUAACAGAAUGGGUAUACCAAAGAAAAUUCCCUUAAAAGGCUCUGACAGGCUUUUAAAAGGGACUCUAGCAAGUAAUGCCUUCAGACAGCAGCACUUUUCAUCUAUUGUCAUGAUGAAAUCCAUGUAUAUAUAUUAAACACAAACUAAUUCCAGGGUUUUUAACGGGAAUAUAUCAUCAAUUAAAAAAUAAAUGAAAAAUCGUCAGUUGCUUUGGGUUUGUAAACAUAUAGCAGUUUGAAUUUAACUUAAGAAGGAUGUGAGCGACUUCAUUUUUUUUCUUUUAGAGAUUUUGGUUGGCUCUAAUUUCCCCUGGUAUUUGUUGGCUACACUGUUUAUUACUUUAUAUAUACGCUGAAUACACAUAAUGCUUUUUUGAGAACACAUAAUUACAGAUCAUUUUCACGGUUGUCUUCUUAGUAAAUGAGUAUUCUUGACCAAAACAAUAAAACUCUUUUGCUCUCUUCA